GCAUACCUGUAAAUUAUCAGGAUGUAGCAUCUAUUGAUCCAGAGUAUGCAAAGAACUUGCAGUGGAUUUUAGAUAAUGAUAUCAGUGAUCUGGGUUUAGAGCUGACCUUCUCUGUUGAGACUGAUGUGUUUGGAGCAAUGGAAGAAGUGCCAUUGAAGCCAGGGGGUGCAAGUAUACUUGUUACACAGGAAAACAAGGCUGAGUAUGUCCAGCUUGUCACCGAGCUUAGAAUGACAAGAGCCAUUCAGCCUCAGAUAAAUGCCUUUUUACAAGGCUUCCAUAUGUUCAUUCCACCAUCUUUGAUCCAGCUUUUUGAUGAAUACGAACUGGAGCUUUUGUUAUCUGGUAUGCCAGAAAUUGACGUGAACGAUUGGUUAAAAAAUACGGAAUACACCAGUGGCUAUGAGAGAGGAGACCAAGUUAUUCAGUGGUUCUGGGAUGUCGUGGAAGAACUAACUCAGGAGGAGAGAGUAUUACUAUUACAGUUCGUUACUGGCAGUUCUAGGGUGCCUCAUGGUGGCUUUGCCCACAUAAUGGGUGGCAGUGGAUUGCAAAAUUUUACAAUUGCUGCUGUGCCGUAUACUGCAAAUCUUUUACCAACAUCGAGCACGUGUAUCAACAUGCUCAAGUUACCUGAAUACCCAAGUAAAGAAAUCCUCAAGGACAGGCUUCUUGUGGCAUUGCACUGCGGAAGUUAUGGUUACACAAUGGCAUAACGAAGUCUACAAAAUCCCUCUGACUACCCAUGCGCAGUUCCGAGUGGCAGAAGUAAUUCUGGAAACUGUCAGUAGAGCAGCAACUUAGAUGCUGCAGCCCGUUGGCAGGGCUGGGCUUCAGAAUUCCAUAUGAGAUCACGAACUUCUCCUCUGUGAUACACCGUCAAAGUAGCUUUGAUACUGUCAUGACAGACUUGUUGGUGUGCUGUGUCUUCAUUUUUUAAAAUGACAGAUCUAUAUGGAAAUCAGUCUACAUGCUUUUCAUUAUUCCUUCGGUCUGAAAGAGAAAGCGUCAGAGUCUCUUCCCAUAGUUUACUUUUGAUGUUUGACUGUAUGGUUGAAUGACAUUGGCAUUUUAGUUUACUUACAGAUGGCAUACUGCUGAUGGGCAGACUUGCUGCAUGUGGAAGUGCCGUUUAUUUUUGCAAAGAACACUACGGAAAGUUCAAUUUGGAUAUUGUACAGUAAGACAGAUCUGAUGUAUUUUCCAUUUCUUUGCAUAGUAACAGAAAUAAAAUUUUAUAACUUUUUAGUAUUAUGUAUAUAGUCUGUAAAGAUUAGACUGUUAUUGGAAAAAAAUAACAGAUGAAGUUAAUAUCUGAUUUAUAUUAGAAUUUACACUAUAUUCUACUAAAUAUUUACAGUAUUUGUGACUUUAUAGUCAACCUGCAGUUUAGAAUUUGUAAAUAUUAUUUAAGAUCUAUAUCCAUUUGUUUGAAUGCCUUUAUUCUUUCCUUGACAUAAUUGUAUGUUCAAAAGGUAUUAUUAAAUUUUAGUAUUUUUACCAGAA